UGUCAAGCGUGGCUAAUCAAGGCACGAAAAGGUGAGGUUUGUCGUGAUUUUAAACCGAAAUCGAACAUCAAAUCACCAUUAAUUCCACAAUUAUCCUGUGAAAUCGUUUACCUGAAUCCAAAUCGCAGUAACAGAAAAUGAGCAGCUCCGAGGAAGUAUCAUGGAUCGCAUGGUUCUGCGGGUUGCGCGGCAACGAAUAUUUCUGCGAGGUGGACGAGGACUAUAUAAAUGACAAGUUUAACUUGACAGGGCUCAAUGAGCAAGUACCACAUUAUAGACAAGCACUGGACAUGAUCCUUGAUCUUGAACCUGAUGAUGACCUAGACGACAACCCGAACCAAUCGGACCUGGUGGAGCAGGCCUCCGAGAUCUUGUAUGGUUUGAUCCAUGCCCGCUACAUAUUGACCAACCGAGGUAUUGGUCAGAUGCUAGAAAAGUUUCAAAAUGGCGACUUUGGUCACUGUCCACGUGUCUACUGUGAAUGUCAACCGAUGCUCCCGCUAGGUCUGUCGGACGUGCCCGGCGAGGCGAUGGUGAAGCUGUACUGCCCCCGCUGCAUGGAGGUGUACACGCCGAAGUCAUCGCGUCACCACCACACCGACGGCGCCUACUUCGGCACCGGCUUCCCGCACAUGGUGUUCAUGGUGCACCCCGAGUACCGCCCCAAGAGGCCCGCCUCGCAGUUUGUGCCAAGGUUGUACGGCUUCAAGAUCCACCCGCUGGCCUACCAGAUCCAGCAGCAGGCGGCCGCCAACUUCAAGGCGCCGCUGCGGGGGCUCUCCUACAACAACGAAACGAAGACGUCCAGUAACAUUCCGAAAUGAUUAAAUGUGCGUGGCGCGAGGCGGCGUCGGCGCAGCACCGCUCGAUACCUAUAUACCCGAGCCCUAACAUAUAACUAAUAUUUAUUAAAUUAAUUAAAUUAUACUAUGACCUUAUUAAAUUAAACAGUUAUGUUUUAAAUGCAAUAAAAUUUAUUUUCACGUUUUCUGUA